AACAGCAAAGUUAGACCUCAAAUCUGACAUCUAAACAGCUAAAGUUGGCCUCUACGUAAACAGCCCGCUUAACUUAAAUAUAUAUGUAGCUGCAGUCUAACAUAUUUGUCUUCGUAUUAAAAAUAAUUCAGGGCGUGGAGGCUAUACGGUAGAAAUGCAGUCCACCUGUAACCGUGCGGCAGCCCCCACGGGGGCAGGGAGCGCAAGCGGCGGCGGAGGAGUCGCUGAGGUCGGGGAGGAGCGGCGACAAGGCUUCGGUGUUCAGGAGUGGCCCGACGGGUCAAAGUAUGAAGGCGAAUUUGUGGACGGCUUCAAACAUGGCAAAGGACGCUACAGUUGGAGGAAUGGAGAGUACUAUGAGGGCUAUUUCUACAAGGACUACAAACAUGGCGACGGAGUGUACUGCUGGCCCACAGGCCACAAGUUCACUGGCAAGUUCUACCUAAACAGGAAGGAAGGAUAUGGUAAUUUAAACUUUCCAGGUGGAGCCAUCUUCCAGGGUUUGUACCAGAGUGACCAGAGGUUUGGUCCUGGUGUGGUCACUUAUCCAGAUGGAAGGCAGGAUGUGGGCCUGUGGCUCGGGCAGCGGCUGCUAAAGAUCUGCUCCUCUGUGGAAGAAGUCUUUAGUCUGCAUGGUUUUCCAGAAUACGCCGCCUUCAUGCAGCCUGUUGCAGAAGCCUUGGUCAUUCAGGUGGACAUGGGCGGAGAUCUGCUGUCAGACGAGAGUUUUGUCCUUCCGCCCGACAUUGAGAGGUAUUCCACAGAUGGCGACCACUUGCCGCUCCCUCCUGCCCGCAGAGGAGAGUUGGAUCGACUCUUUCACGGUGAGCUCUGGGAGCCGGAUGCUCAUUCACGGCAAGGAUACGAGAGGGAGCCGCUCUCUAUUCUCCCUGUUCAGCUCCGCAUGCAGGCUCACAUACAUAAACACAGACUGCAGGCUGCAAACAUAGGCUGGGACGUUGCAGCUGUCCUCUCUCUGAACAGGGCUGGCUUUGGUCCUAGAGGACAUUUGGAAGUCCUCUCAGAACGGCUGAUUCAGCACAGCUUCAGAGGGGAAGUCCAGGCUGUGUCGCAGAUCCUCCAAACUGGCUUGGUCUGUCCGGAUGUAGCCGACUCAAAAGGACAGACCGCACUGAUUGCUGCCACUGUAAACUGCCAUAAUGAAGUGAUUCAUCUGUUGUUGGACAUGGGCGCUGAUAUUGACAAGCUGAACGGUGAAGCGAUGUCGGCCCUGGCUGUGUGCCACGUCCUCUACUAUCCUUUUCCGUCUCUGCACACAACUUUGAUUGAACCACUGAUCAAAACUCCAGUUUUGAUGUCUCCACCCUGUGAGAGCAGACCUCAGGUCAGCCAGCCUGACCUCCCACCGGGGACGCCGGUCCCUAACACUGAGCCUCAGUCCACCGACACAAACGUGAUGGCCCAGAGCAAUUUCAGCCAGCUCUCUGCGCAGGCAUCUGAGGAACCACCUUUGCACUUCUCACAUGAAGAGAAGAGCGAGGAGAUCGCUGCAGACUCUGAUCAUCUUCUCAAGGAGGAGGAGGAGAGAGAGGAGACAGGAGAGGGUGAAGCCUGUGAGGACACAGAAAAAGUUAAAGAUACGGAAAGUGAAUCAAGAAACGUAAAUGUUGAGAUCAAGAACGAUUUAACAGAGAGAGAAAAGACAGGAGUUGAUGAGCCGUCUGGCGCGGGGUGCUCCGUUCAAGGGGAAGUGGGAAGUGUGCAGUGGAAGGGGAAUCCAGCCAAGCAGGACGGAAACAAAGAGCUGACACAGGAACAGACCUUUGACUCAGCCUGUUCAGUGCGCAGCUAUGGCAUCGCUGUAACCGAAGAGAUGCUGCAGCACUCAGCUGAGGCGCUGAGUCAGACCGGCCGGCCUCAGCAGCGCGACUCCCAGGAGACUGUGCGCAAAAUGGCUGCCAUGAAAAUUGAGCUCCACACACGAUUAAACACCCUGAAGCUGUUACUGGAGCGGGGAGCUGACCCGAAUGUUGCCAGGGUUCCCAUGCCUGUCCUCUUUUUAGCCAUUAUGGCACGCGACACGGAGCUCGUCAGGACACUGCUGCUGUGUGGAGCUCGCACUGAUAUUCCCCUUCCCCCAGAGAAAAAAGGCUUUUAUCCCCUCCAUGUUGCUGCAGCGCUGCCCGGCCCUGAAGGCCCCCAAAUCACAGAGCUGCUUCUGCAUGCCGUCGCUGACCCCGACGCUCGGGCCUGUGACCAGGACAAGAUCCACGAACCAGAUCUGAUCUUCAUGAAGGAUAAAGAACGGCUGGACACCAGGAAGGACCUGGGUCUGAACGAGGGGGGCCGAACCGCCCUGCACGUAGCCUGCCAGAGAGAAAGUGACUAUUCGAAUGCCUGUAAAGUGGUGGCCCUCCUGCUCUCACACAGAGCCAGCACAGACCUCCUCUGGAGUGGACACUCGCCCCUCUCCUUGGCUAUUGCAAGUGGCAAUGACUUGGCAGUGGAGGAGCUCCUGAAGAGCGGAGCUGAUCCUAACUUACCUUUGGGCUGCAGGGUGGGCAGUGCCCUCUGCGCCCUCGCCAACUUCAACUACCGCUUAGGUGGCAGUAGAGUUAAACUGUUGGAAAAGUUAGCCAAGGCUGGUGCUAAUGUCUUGAUGCCAGUAACGGUGGGCGAAGUGGUGGGAACUGCGGUCGACUUUGCACACUACCUCUUCCACCAGGAUCUACACAUUGCUCGCACUCCAAUCCACACUCUGAGUACGGCGGAGAGGGAAAUAUUCAGAGCACGGCGCCACCUGCUGCGUGAAAUGUCGGCUCUGAUGAGACGGACCACCGGGCAGAUAAAGAGGAAGAAUGUAGGGAGAGAGCAGCACCCUUCUCUGAACGCCUCGGUGGACGAGUCCUCAAACAGGCCAGCAAGCAGCCCUGAUGAAAAUUCAGAGGCAGCAAAAACUCACAGGCAGCCACCGUUUAGGUUCUGCUAUCACUGCGGUCGCUCGGCCUUUGUGAAGCUGAUUGCUUGCGGCCGUUGCCUGAAGGUGUUCUUCUGCUCCAAGACCUGCAAACUGGAAGCUUGGGAUGAAAGGCACAAGGACGAGUGUCUCCAGGAUUCAGCCUCUGCUGAUGUCAUUCCGAGGAAUAUUGUGUUUAAAACUCAAAGAGGCACCAGACCUUUGACUGCACCGCAGCCGCUGAACGUCGCAGUGAGAUCCUUAAAGGUACCUGGGGCCUUUACCAUGGCGGAGAAGGUCUUGGAUCGCCAGGUCAACCUGAAAGAAAACUACAGUACCAACUGAUGGGUUAUAAAUGUUAAUGUGUUAAUCAAAAAAUAUAUGUUUUUAUAUUAAAGUAACAUGAAACAAGUCACCUUUUUAUCACCAUCCAACUGCUCCUAAUCAGAAUCUUUCUCUUUAUAUUGUUUGAAUUAUUGUUUAUUUUAGAGACAUUUAAUAAAAACUCCCUAAGGACAACUUAAAAUCAUGCAAUUAUAUGAUUUACAUAUGUUUGAUAUACUUUCAUCGGUUAGUUGAUGAGUAUUUUAUAAACAGAAUGUUGCAGUUUUUCCCACAACUUUUAUUUCUAUUUUGUUGUUUCUUUCAUCCCUUUUGGGUUUGGGAA